AUGGCUGAUGAUUUGGAUGUUGAAGCAAUGCUAGAAGCCCCUUUUCAAAAGGGCCAGGAAACCUCGGUUACUCACAGCACUAACGGAAAGAGUCGAUCGGACCAAAAAGACGAUAUAAAAAGCGACGACGUCACCGAAGUUCUUCGAGAACCUCUAGUCACAGACAUAGAUCACAUUCCAAAUCUCGUCGUUCACGAAGGUCACGUUCUAAAUCGCGAGACAGGCACAAAAGACAUCGCAGUCGAUCUAGAUCGCGUGAAAGACGACGAAGAAGUCGUACUCGUUCUAGGGAAAGGCGUAAAAGAAGUCGUAGCGCACGCAGGAGGAGCCGUAGUCCAAGCAGAUUUAGGCAGCUAUGAGCAUGAUAUGUUAAAAAUUAUUUAUGAAUAUUUGCUCCUUAGUGACCGUCGGCGGCGUUCACCAACUCCUCCUUUAGACGAAGAAGAGCGUGAUAAACGUACAGUAUUUGUUAUGCAAUUAGCUGCACGUCUUCGAACUCGAGAACUUGCUGAUUUUUUUUCAUCGGCUGGCAAGGUUCGAGAUGCAAAGAUCAUUGCUGAUAGAAUAUCUAGAAGGUCAAAAGGGGUCGGUUAUGUUGAAUUUUAUGAUGAAGAAUCUGUUCCAAAAGCUUUGGCCUUGACUGGGCAAAAACUUCUAGGUAUUCCAGUGAUCGUACAAUUAACCGAAGCAGAAAAAAAUAGACAAGCUAGAUUAGCAGAACAGGCAGCUUCCCAUGCGACAGAUAUUGCUUAUCAUCGGUUAUAUGUUGGGUCGGUUCAUUUUAAUUUGACGGAAGAUGAUUUGAGACAAGUUUUUGAGCCAUUCGGACCAUUAGAAUUUGUUAACUUACAUAAAGAUCCAGAAACUGGCCGGUCUAGAGGCUUUGCUUUUAUUCAAUAUAAAAAUCCAGAAGAUGCUAAGCAAGCACUAGAAAAAAUGAAUGGGUUUGAGUUGGCUGGAAGAACAAUUAAAGUGGGCCUUGUUACUGACAAGAGUAAUGGCAUGAAUUUGAAUCUUGAUGACGGUGAUGUUGCUGGUUUAGCUCUUAACGCACAAUCUAGAGUUGAAUUAAUGCAAAAAUUAGCUCGCGAUACUGACCUAAUUGCCCCUGCGACCACGCCCGCUUUAUCAGAAGUGCCACGUCCUGUCCAACCAAGAGUGAACCCAACUCGUUGUGUCUUGUUAAAAAAUAUGUUUAAUCCUGAAGAAGAAACUGAAUCAAAUUGGGCCGAAGAACUUGAAGAAGACGUAAAAGGAGAAUGUGUCAAAUACGGUGCUGUUGUACAUAUUAGUGUUGACAAAGAAUCCGAAGGAGAUAUUUAUAUGAAAUUUGAUAACGUCGCAUCCGCUAAAAAUGCAGUGAAUGGCCUCAACGGACGAUGGUUUGGAGGCAAUCAAAUCACGGCUGUGUUUAUUCUCGAUAUGUUUUAUAACGCUCGAUUUCCAAAAGCAGCAAAUCUAUGA